AUGAAAUUUAAUAAAAAAAAUUAAUAUAUACUCAAACUCAGUAGUUUAAUUAUUCAUUUAACAACCUUUUUAUUUUAAUCUGGAUUCUUAUACUCUUAAUAUAAAUAAAUUAAUUAAUCAACAAUAAGUUAAUUAAGAAAUGUCUAAAGAAAGACUAUACAAUAAAUAUCUAAAUGA